GGGGCAGGGCGUGGGCGCCUGGGCCUGGCCGCGGGAGGCGACCAGCCGGGGAGCCAAGGGCUUGAAGUUGAACGGGGAAAGGUCCCGACGCCGGUGGCUAGACUUUCUCCGCAGAAACAUCUGUGCGGCCCUGCCUUCUGCUCCAAGUAAACUGCGUGCUGUCCGACUCCUCUGAGGGGAGACGGUGGUCCGGCUCACCUGUGUGACCCCGGGCCUGGCACAGGGCCUGCCUUGUACACAGCGGUCGUUCUGAAGAAAGGGAUGCCGAGGAAAGACCCCGUCUACAGGAAGUUGGUUCUCUCAGCCUUCGCCCUUCGUGUUCAGAAUUCUUUCCCAAGCAUCUCCCUUCUUCCUGUCCGCGGUCUAUGUGGUGGUUGUUCCUUGUGCCGCAGAUGAGGGAACUGAGGCCCAGAGAAGUUGUGGAACCUUAGUUAGGAAGUGGCAGAGCAGGACCUCAAGUCCCUGCCUUUGGAAUCCUCAUUAUUAAAGCAAUGAGGAAACCGAUGCCUCAUCAAAAUGAAGAUUAAUCAUUUGUGUUUGGGAGCAGCAGAACUGGGGACCACUUACCUGUCAAGUGUUUUAUAAACCAAUUAUAUAAGCUCUGAUUCCACUGCUCUCCUCCCCAUCUUACCUUCAAACUUGUCUUACCUAUGGCAUUCAGGAGACAAGUGAAAAACUUUGUGAAAAAUUAUUCAGAUGCUGAAAUAAAAGUCAGAGAAGCAACUUCUAAUGACCCUUGGGGUCCUUCUAGUUCUCUGAUGUUAGAUAUCAGUGGCCUGACUUUCAACACAAUUUCUCUGUCAGAGAUUAUGAAUAUGCUGUGGCAGAGACUCAAUGAUCAUGGGAAGAACUGGCGCCAUGUGUAUAAAUCCCUGACACUCAUGGAUUAUCUCAUCAAGAAUGGAUCAAAGAAAGUUAUUCAGCAUUGCAGAGAAGGGUUCUGUAACAUUCAGACCCUAAAGGAUUUUCAACACAUAGAUGAAGCUGGAAAAGACCAAGGUUAUUAUAUCCGGGAAAAGUCUAAGCAAGUAAUAACGUUGCUGAUGGAUGAACAGUUGCUGCAUAGAGAGAGGGAAGUAGCAUGUCGGACAAGACGGCGUACCUCCUACUCUAUGACAUUUCCUAAAAGAUUACCUGGUACAGCUAACUCACCAACAGCAUGUGCUUCUGCCCACACACCAGAAAUUUCUGCUUCAGAGAAGAAACGUAAGCUUCUUAAGGUUGCAAGGCUACAUAAUAAAAAAAACGCUUCCAAGGCAGGAUUGAAACAAGAGCAGUGCCAAGACAUUCAGUUGCCUAGUGGAACCAUGUUGUCCCAGGAAACACUACCAGUCAAGAUUAAUUCUUGGAAAUCCACAGAGGACCUGAUGUUAUUUUAUGAGGAUGACCCAAAGCCACUUUUGCCGACAGUCCCUCCUUCCAUUAUCUCAUCAACUAUAUCAUCAGAAGGGCCAGCAGACAUUUGUAACCUCUGGGAUGCAGAUGCUGUGCCUACCCCCUCAGAAAAGAGCCCAUCUCUGCAGACAAAUGUGAGUUUGGACAAGAAAUCAGACAGUACCAUUACGAAUACUGUAACCAAAAACCCUUUGCACAUACGUCUAGAAAAGCAGUCAACUGCAAAAAGUUUCGAAACAUUGACAACUUUACCAUCGUUUUGGUCAUCAGAUAAAGAAGAGUUUAUCAGCCCUAAUUUAAGGAUGUCAAAAUCAGAUUCUACUUUCUAUAACCAGGCCUCUGUAGAGACACUCUAUGUCUCUCCCUCAUUUAAAACAUUUGACCCAGUGAAGGAGAUUAUAAGUAAUAAGGACUUUCAGAAGCCAGCACAAUCCAGCAUUUUUCAGAUGGAUGAGGAAAACCUCAAGCCUGUGACCACAUGGGUUUCAACCAUCUCUGAAGGAACAUCCUCCUUUUCUAUGUUAUCUGUGUCCCCUCCUAAUUCAGCCUCUCCAGAGAAGUCUAUUCAUCUCUUACCCCCGAUUUUGGCUGGACCUUCCUUCUGGACUCUGUCCCAUCCACAGUCUUCUUCUGCUUUAUUUAAAGAUGAAGAUAAGAUAGCCAGGGCUCAUUACCCCUUAGCUCCUAGGGGACUAGUGUCUUCUGAUGAAGAGGAAGUUGACAAUCUCAAUUUACUGGAAUGUCUUCCAAAUAACUCUGAGUCUGCCAAGAAGCAGACAAGUCCUGCUUCGGGCAGUAAUUGGGAAGAGUUUUCCACCCUAAAUGUAGACCACUUCACCUCUAUGUCCUGUCCAAGUUUUCAGACAACCGAAGGCCUGCUGAAGGAACCUGAAGCCAACAGUUCCAUUAAAGUUAUCCUGGGGGAGAUGAAAAAUGCCAUAGUCAAACUACACGAAGAUCUGAGCAUGGUGAUACGAGAACUUCAUGUCAUCAAUAGCCAUCUGAUGAGCAUGAGUGGGAAUAGUCAGUCACUAAGCAAAUCAUAGCUUCCUCAGUCUUCUGCGGGGAGCUUAGAUCACAUCUAAGAAGCCCAGUAGCCAUUUUUGGUAGAACUCAAUGUGGUUCCACUUCCCAAAGACUAAAUUAACCUUCUAUAGAUUCUCAUUAUGAUGGCAAAAACAGGGUGGUGGUUUGAUUUUUUCCUGUCAGGCUUAUUAACAAAUAUCUUUCAAACCAAUAAACUCAUUUGGGUGGUUUAUUUUUUAA